CAAUAGAAAUAUGUGCUCACAACAUGUUAUAUCGAUAGAUUAUUAUUAUUAUUAUUAUUUAUGUCAAGUCCUCGGCUCCAUAGAUUCCUGGUGCUGACAUGGUUUCAUUCCUCUGGGAGGAUCUCGUGCAUUUCUGGGCUGGCUUCAUCCAAACAUUUGGCACGCGACAAUACCCCGCGUGCGCGCCUACUACAGCGUCCUCCCGCCGCCUUUGAGCUUUUGUCAACUGGAAGAAGGUUCAAGGUUCGAGGUGGAAGCGGCCCUGAGCUGCAGCGUUUCGCCCCGCGACAGUCUGGAGUUCCGUCGGCUGAGCUGCACAUCAUGAUCCUCGGCGUUGCGUUCACGGCCCACUCCGUCCGGAACAGCUGCUUUCCCGCAGCUUUAAAGUUUUUGCGGACGCCGUGGACACGUCGCGCGGGGCUCCCCGCAGCUGCUCGUUUCAUCCAUGUGGACGGACCUCCCAUUGUUCCCACACUCACGACCAGCUAUGCCCACGGCACAUCCUCCACGCCGAUGCUGUACGACACAAUCGGAGGUAUGCUGCAGAAGAGUGUCGAACGCUUCCCUGAUAAAGACGCCGUGGUCUUUGUGCAAGAUGGAGUCCGCAAGACCUUUGCACAGUUUCAGCAGGAAGUGGACCAGGCUGCAGCCGGACUGCUGGCACUCGGACUAAAGAAAGGAGACCGCCUUGGAAUGUGGGGGCCCAACAUUUAUGAAUGGGUCCUGUUCCAGUUUGCAACAGCCAAAGCUGGUAUUAUUUUGGUGUCUGUGAACCCAGCCUACCAGCUUCAGGAGUUGGAGUAUGCGUUGCGUAAAGUGGGCUGUAAAGCAGUGGUUUGCCCCACACAGUUUAAGACUCAAAAGUACUGCGACAUGUUGAGGAAGAUCUGUCCAGAAAUCGACUCGUCUGUUCCAGGAGACAUCCAGAGCGCCAGACUGCCGGAACUGCGCAGUGUGAUCGUCGUAGACAGUCGGCAGCCGGGAAUGUUUCACUUUGACGAUGUGAUGCAGGCUGCCGGCAGCCAGCACACGCGGGAGCUGCAGGAUCUGCAGAAGAAGAUCAUCUGUGACGACCCCAUAAACAUCCAGUUCACCUCGGGUACCACAGGACUUCCUAAAGGGGCCACGCUGUCACAUCACAACAUUGUCAACAAUGCGUACUUUGUUGGGAAAAGAGUGGGAUACGACUGGAAGCCUCUGGCCCGUGUGUGCGUCCCGGUGCCGCUGUACCACUGCUUCGGAUCUGUGGGGGGAGGGCUUGUUAUGGCCGUCCACGGCACCACCAUCGUCUUCCCCUCCGCUGGUUACGACGGCAAGGCGAACAUUGCAGCAGUGGAGAGUGAGAGGUGUACUUUUAUUUAUGGGACUCCCACUAUGUAUGUGGAUAUGGUCAACCAGCCUGACCUGCGUAAAUAUGACUUGUCAUCACUGGAAGGAGGCAUCAUGGCGGGCUCCCCGUGUCCACCUGAGCUUGUGAGGAAAGUUGUGUCUGAAAUGGGUGUCAAAGGGAUAACGAUUGCUUAUGGUACAACAGAAAACAGUCCUGUGACUUUCAUGGCUUCCCCAACGGACAACAUGGAGAGGAAGGCCGAGACGAUCGGUUACGUUUUGGAUCACAUAGAGGCUAAAAUAGUGGAUCCUACAACAGAGCAGCUGGUCCCUCUGGGGAUGACGGGAGAGAUUAUGAUCCGAGGAUACUGCGUGAUGUUGGAAUACUGGGAAGACAAAGUGAAGACCGACGAGUGUAUCACGAAAGCUCGCUGGUACAAAACUGGAGACAUCGGCAGCAUGGACGGCUACAGCUACUGCAAAAUCAGCGGCAGGAGCAAAGAUAUGAUCAUCCGAGGAGGAGAGAACAUUUACCCGGCCGAGAUCGAGCAGUUUCUGCACACGCAUCCCAAAGUCAAGGAGGCCCAGGUGGUUGGAGUUCAGGAUGCCCGCAUGGGGGAGGAAGUCUGCGCCUGCAUCAAGUUGGUGGACGGUCAGGAAUGCACCACAGAGGAGAUCAGGGACUUCUGCAAAGGACAGGUUGCUCACUUUAAGAUCCCACGUUACGUCCUCUUUGUUACCGGCUUCCCCCUCACUGUUACUGGAAAGAUCCAGAAGCACAAACUUCGAGCAGAAGCUGAAGGUCGACUGGGAAUAAAAGCGGAAAAGUGAUUAGAGUCCAGAAAAAGAAGCAGAAGUUUUUAAACAUUCCAGCAUAAAACUUUCUGCCUGUAACUUUUGUAUAAAACAAAAUGUCACGUGUAAAGAAACUGAUGCUGUUAUGAACAAAAAGACAUUGAACGACCAGAAGUGAAUGUUUUAAGGAACUCUUUUAUAAUCAUUUGGGGUCACAUAGAAGAGCAGAAUUGAUCUGUUUCUUUAGCACGCCAGCUUUAGAAUUCCUCUUUUAUACAUCAACUUGGAAUCAAACUUUCCAGGUAAUUAAAGCCAGACAUGGGUGUUUCUGUCUUUACAGGAAGAACAGAGACAGUUUUAUUCAUGUCGGUGACAGGUGCACGCCCCUCGGACCCGAAAUACCAUUUAGAAACAUGCAUUCUUGAUUAAAAGGGGAUAAAAAGAGCUGGUAUUACAGACACACAUGCUCAAAGUUGUAAAGAAUUUCCUGGCUGGCUGCAUGUGCAGUCCACCUGACUCCUUUGCUGCAGGAUCGGGUGUUGUCUCCUGUCUAGACCUGAAGGGCUCGGCCCAGAAAUAGCUCUUCAAACAAACGGGGACUCCAGGUUCCACAGAAGGAACCUCAAUGUUUAUUUUUUUUUGCUUUUCUACAUAUUUGGGGUUGGAUUAAAUGGUUCAGGACAUGGUAUUCUUUACAAGAAGCCAGGUGGAAGCGCUGGUCUCUGCGUGCCCCCGUACCCACAGAGAAUGUAAGGAAUUCACUCUAAGCUUUUUAUAGAAAAACGUUAUUAUAAAGGAAUGCUUAAAAGUGAAAACUCCUUCUUUUUAGCAUCCUAUUAGGUUUAAUGAAAAUCAUCCAAGUGUUUUAGACCAUAAUAAUAAAAUACAUGUUUGAUUUUUUUGGACUAAUAUUAGUUUUUAUGAUUCAAAAACUUUAUUAGCAGUGAUCUAAAUGCAAUUUCUGGCAGUUCAUCACUUUGUGGAAAUUGUUUUAAAGCUUUUUGUUUCUUCUUUAAGAGUGUACUAACUAACAGUCUAUAUUACAUGUAUGGUUAGGCCUCUCACCCCAGGAAAUGUGACACGAUGUGAAAUAUGAAAUGUGUAACUUUGACUCAACAUUAACACAAAUGUACUCAUUUUUUUAAACAAAACUUACUGCUUACUUUUACUAUAUAAAGUAACAAGUAAUUAUUGAUAUGAACAAUGAAAUCGAGAAAACCAUCA